UUUAAAUACAAUUACACAUUAUAACCUCUGUUAUGAUUAAACAUAAUAUCUACCUAAAUAAAUACAUUACUGAAUAAAUCAAUUUAAUUAAAUUCACAUCAAAGUAGCCAGGGCCCAGGUUGACAACCUGACUCUUCACAGAUCAAAAGCGCAGCGGCGUCAUGGGUUAUUGAGCUGCACACACAUUCCUCCGGCGAAGUUACCACCGCACUCUCUCCGACACUUUCUCCAGUGAGGGGUGUCUCUUCUCUCACAGCGGAGACCCCGCUCUGCCGUCGCUCGGUCUUGGACAAAUCGACUUUGUGCUGGACUGGAAACGGCACUGCAGUCUCCUCUGAACAUUUGGGAAUACAUGAAGUUCGGUUCGUGUUUUUCCGCAAUCCAUUUCCCCGUUUCCGCCGACAGAUUCUCUGGCUGCCUGAUCGUUCAUCAGAUCUGGCUGCUCCCUGUGAAAGAUGGCGGUGUGGAUGCUGUCUCAGGGCUGGGGCGCAACACUGGAUUUGUUUAGCCAUCUAGCCGGCCUAGAGAGCAGACAACAUGCUUGAGUUUCUGUCGUCUGUUCUCCGGGGAUGGACUUUGUGAUCGCAUCGGCAGGGUACACAAACCCACUCAACAGCAGAGAUUUGAUCUCGUAUUGCGGGACUUCGCUGAGACUUUAGUCUUCGGCUAGCGGUGGGCUUCUUCGCCACUAGCGUCUAGUCUGCUGCUGGAAGUCCUGUAGUGUUAGCUAGCAGAGGCACGACUAAAGUGCAUGAAAAUGUCGGAUUCAAAGGUAAAAGUUGCUGUAAGAGUUCGGCCUAUGAACCGCAGAGAAAUUGAAUUAAGCACCAAAUGCGUUGUGGACAUGGAAGAGAACCAAACGAUUCUACACCCGCCGCCCUCCAACUCUAAAGGGGACAGCAGGAAACAGUCAAAGGUGUUUGCCUUUGACCAUUGCUUCUGGUCCAUGGAUGAAUCCAACACUCUUAAAUAUGCAGGUCAGGAAAUGGUGUUUCAGUGCCUUGGACAGGGUGUCCUUGAUAACGCCUUUCAGGGGUAUAACGCCUGCAUCUUUGCCUAUGGACAAACAGGCUCAGGGAAAUCCUUCUCCAUGAUGGGCAGUGGUGACCACCCCGGUCUGAUCCCACGGCUCUGCGGUGCGCUUUUCCAGAGGGUGGCGCUGUUGCACAGCAACGCUCACGCCAUCAAGGUGGAGGUGUCCUACAUGGAGAUCUACAACGAGAAGGUCCGCGACCUGCUGGACCCAAAGGGGGGGGGUCAGUCUCUGAAGGUCCGAGAGCAUAAGGUUCUAGGCCCAUACGUGGACGGACUCUCUCAGCUGGCUGUCACAAGCUUUGAGGAUGUUUCAGUGUUCCAAACUAAAGGGAUGUUUCAAUGUUCCAAAGGGAUGUUUCAGUGUUCCAAACUUCAUGCUGUCUUCAGCAUCAUCAUUACACAGACACUCUGUGACCUACAGUCAGGGAACUCAGGUGAGAAGGUGAGUAAGAUGAGUCUGGUGGAUCUGGCGGGGUCAGAGCGAGUCUCAAAGACUGGAGCUGCUGGAGAGAGACUGAAGGAGGGAAGCAACAUCAACAAGUCUUUGACCACACUGGGCUGUGUGAUCUCUGCUCUGGCAGACCAGUCGUCUGGAAAAGGGAAGAAUAAAUUUGUGCCUUACAGAGACUCUGUCCUCACCUGGCUACUGAAGGACAGUCUCGGUGGGAACAGUAAGACGGCGAUGAUCGCCAAUGGUGAGUCCCAGCCGAGCAACUAUGAGGAGACGCACAUGUCCACACCACGCGCCUCUGACCCGCCAAAACGAUCACAAAACCACGCUGUUAACGAGGACCCCAACGCACGCAUCAUCAGGGAGCUACGGGAGGAGGUGGAGAAGCUACGAGACCAGCUCAACCAAGCUGAGUCUCUGAAAGCCCCUGAUCUGAAGGAGAGGCUAGAAGAGUCGGAGAAGCUGAUUCAGGAGAUGACCGUUAGCUGGGAGGAGAAACUGAGGAAAACAGAAGAGAUCGCACAGGAACGACAGAAGCAGCUGGAGAGUUUGGGAAUCUCUCUGGAAUCUUCUGGAAUCAAGGUCGGGGAGGACAAGUGCUUCCUGGUCAACCUCAACGCUGACCCCGCCCUCAACGAGCUGCUCGUCUACUACCUGAAGGAGCAUACUCUUGUAGGUGCAGACACAUCUCAGGAUAUUCAGUUGUUUGGAAUCGGAAUCCAGCCACAACACUGCUGCCUAGAUGUCACGCAGGAUGGAUCGGUCACUCUUAGUCCUACUGACAAUGCCAGGACGUGUGUGAACGGAACACUGAUACACACUCCCGUCCAGCUCUGGCACGGAGACCGCAUCCUGUGGGGCAACAACCACUUCUUCAGGAUCAACCUUCCGAAGCGCACUCGGCGCGAGCGCCUGAAGGAGGCAGAGCGGGAGAGCUUUGUGGACGUUGACGUGGAAACGGCCAGUGAGGCGUCGUCCGAGCAGGACUACAGCUACGAGUUCGCCCAGAUGGAGGUCAUGAUGAAGACUCUGGCCAGCAACGACCCCACACACUCCGUGGUGCAGGCUCUGGAGAAGCAGUACCUGCAGGAGAAGCGGACGGCUCUAGAGGAACAGAGACUCAUGUAUGAGAGGGAGCUGCAGUCGCUACGGCAACAGCUGUCGCCCGAACGACCCGCCCAUCACCAACGCUGCAGCCUCACCACACCCACCCCCACACACCACAGCAAAGUACGCUUGUGGACAGAGGAGAGAGAUGAGUUGUUUAGGCAGAGCCUGGCUCGUCUAAGAGAGCAGGUAGUCCGUGCAAACACUCUCGUGCGGGAGGCCAACUACCUCUCAGAGGAGAUGAGAACAUACACUGACUACCAGGUCACCCUGCAGAUCCCAGCAGCCAACCUCAGCGCCAACCGCAAGCGUGGGGCCAUCGUGAGCGAACCUGCCAUCCAGGUGCGUCGGAAGGGGCGCGCAACACAGGUGUGGCCCAUCGAGAAGCUGGAGAACAAGCUAGUGGACAUGAGGGAGCACUACUCAGAGUGGAGAGAGGGACGAGCAGUUAUGGGCGUGAAGCAGAGUAAACGGCCGGACCCGUUCUACGAGGCACAGGAGAACCACAAUCUGAUCGGAGUUGCCAACGUCUUCCUGGAGUGCCUCUUCCACGACGUCAAACUGCAGUACGCGGUACCCAUCAUCAGCCAGCAGGGGGAGGUGGCGGGACGCCUCCAUGUGGAAGUGAUGCGCGUGUCUGGUGUGUUGUUGGAGCGUGUUGCCGGGAGCGACGACUCGUCAGAGAACUCCAGCGAGAGCUAUGAGGUCAUGGAGCCCAACGGGGAGAUGGUUCACAUGGCCCGCAAGCUCACCUGCAGGGUGCGUAUCCGUGAGGCGACCGGUCUGCCGCCCAGCCUGUCCAACUUCGUGUUCUGUCAGUAUGGGUUCUGGGAGCAGUCGGAACCCGCUGUGGCUCCGCCGGUGGUCAGCCCAGACACGCCCACUCAUCGCCACGCCGAUGGUCAGUUCACUGUACGCUUCGACCACUGCAAGGACUACGUGGUGCACGUGACAGAGGAGUUUGUGGAGUUCAUCUCUGAGGGUGCUCUCGCUAUAGAGGUCUGGGGUCACCGCUGUGCAGGAAACGGCUCCUCCUGCUGGCAGCCCAGUGCAUUGCAGGCCAAAACACGCACGCUGCAAGACAGGUGGAGUGAGGUGUCAAGGCAGCUGGAGCUGUGGGUCUCUAUACAGGAGCUGAAUGAGCAGGGGGAGUAUUGCUCAGUGGAGCUCCACACCGCUAAAGACGUCACCACAGGAGGAGUCUUCCAGCUCCGACAGGGUCACUCUCGCAGGCUGCUGGUGUGUGUGCGUCCAGUCCAGUUCUCCGGAACGCUGCCUCUGCUGGCCGAGGCUGUGCUCUCGGUGUCCAUCGGAUGUGUGUCUGCACGCUCCACCAAACUACAGCGCCCACUCGACAGCUACCAGGAGGAAGAUGGAGAGGUGGAUAGCUAUCAGGAGGAUGAUCUGAACUGUGUGAGGCAGCGCUGGUCUGAGGCACUGGUCAAGAGGAGAGAGUAUCUGGACGAACAGAUCAAGAAGAUCAUCAACAAACCUGAGAAGUCGGAGGAGGAUAUGGAGCGGGAGGCGCGGCUUGUUGAGCAGUGGGUGGGGCUUACAGAGGAGCGGAAUGCUGUGCUGGUGCCGGCGCCAGGCAGUGGAAUACCGGGAGCCCCCGCCCACUGGACGCCCUCUCCUGGUAUGGAGGUUCAUACACCUGUACUCUUCCUGGACCUGAAUGCUGACAGCCUUGCAGUGUGUGAGCAGCUGACUGCUCCCCAGGUUGCGGGAGUGAACUCCAUCCUGCCCAAAGAGCACGGCAGCCAGUUCUUCUACCUACCCAUCAUCAGACACAGCAGCGAGGAGGUGUCGGUGACUGUCAACAUCUACAACAAGCAGAGUUUCACUCAGAGCCUGAAGAGACGCAUGUCACUAAAGAACACACUCUACGCCUGUGGGGUCACCUACGAGAUCGUGUCCAACAUCCCCAAGGCGUCGGAGGAGCCGGAGGAGCGGGAGACUCUGGCCCUAAUGGCGGCGCGUGGGGAGGUGGACGAGACGCCGGAUGGAGAGACCUACAUCGAGAAAUACACACGCGGAGUGUGUGAGGUGGAAAACAUCCUCAGCCUGGAGCGCCUCCGACAGGCAGUGAUGGUGAAGGAAGCUCUGUCUGUUAAAAGCAGACACAUCAGGAGGAGCCUAAGCACUCCCAACGUACAGCACUCCUCAUGUUGCAGAGGAGAACUGUCAGGUUGUGAGGAUGAUGACAUCAAGUGGAGCUGGGCAGAGCCUGCAGAGUGUGUGUUCCAGGACCCCUCAGUGUGUUCCACCCCUACUAAGAACCGCGAAAAUCAUGGUGCUGCCCCGGAGAGCCCGGUGUGGCUGUCCAGUCCAUUUAAGGUUCUGCCGGUCCAGCCGCAGCGCUUCCUACAGGCCCUGCUGCCCGUCAGAGAGGAACAGAGAGGCCGAGAGGCUCGACCACUACUGGGACAGGAGAGCAUGCGCUGGGCUGUGGAGAGCACAACGCUGCCCCCUAGCUGCCAGUGGCCACAGCGCAGUCACAGACUCACUCAGCCACCACAAGCACACACUGCUGACUCGGAUGAGGAGGAGUGCGAUGUCCCUGUGAGUCCGGUCCAGGGCGGGGUGCCGUUGGAGACGUAUGUUCCAGAAGACUUCGCCAACUUUGACGUGUACAACGCCAGCCUGGAGGGCAGUGUGUGUGUGCGUGGGGAGCGUGGGCGUGCCGGGGUGUGUGAGCGUGAGUGUGUGUGUGUGCGCGGGGAGCGUGCGCGUGAGUGUGUGUGUGUGUCGCGCAGCCCGACGGUGAGCAGCUGCACCAGUGGCUACUUCUCUCACAGCGCCUCCACCGCCACCCUCUCUGACGCCGCCCAAUCAGAUGCCACGCCAGCCGACGCCAGCCACUCAGACACCACGCUCGCUGAUGCCAGCCAAUCAGAUGCAACGCUCGCUGACACCUGCCAAUCAGAUGCCACGCUGGAUGAAACCAGCCUAUCAGAAGCCACGCUUGGUGAUGUUGUUCUACCCAACAGCAGCAGCAGCAGCUCAGAGCAGCUCAGCAGAGACUGCUCCCACACCCCUGCUGCAGCCACACUCACACACAAACACUCACACACACAUUCCUCCUCGUCGCUGACCCCUCCUGGCCCCCCCCUCUGUGUUCUCAGCACCAGUCCCGAGUUCUCUGACUUCCAGGGGGCGGCAGAAGGACUGGGGGGGGACACCUGGCCCAAACUCACCUCCCUCGACCCCCCCAAACUGACCAAUGUGGACCUCCCCAAACUGACCAAUGUGGAACCCCCCACCGAACCCAAACUUGCCAAUGGUCAGGGUCCCAGGCCACCCCAUGAGGGAUCAGUGGAGCAGCUCCCUGAUUGGAUGGCUCCGGGGGAGGGACCAGUGGAGCAGCUCCCUGAUUGGAUGGCUCCAGGAGAGCUGGUGUGGGUGGGCGGGCACUGUGGAACUGUGCAUUAUGUGGGCGGAGUCGAGUUUGCUGCUGGAAUCUGGGUGGGAGUGGAGCUGGAGCUAGCUGUUGGAAAGCACAAUGGUACGGUCCAGGGGCGUGUCUACUUCCGCUGUGAGGCGGGACACGGAGUGUUCGUACAGCCCGCCCACCUGAGCCGAGACCCGCCCAUCUCGCCUACGCAGCCCCCCACACCCCUCCUACUGUAGGAUAACACACGCACACACACACAUGAACACACACGCACACACACUGCCUACCCCACCGUAAUGCUGUUGGACACCCCACAUACACACACCAGACAGGUGAAGGUGGGAUAACAUCAAUCAGAACCUCUGGUCACGAGCACAUGAUGGCAGUACUGCCUGCAGCACGAUCUGGCCUGGUGUGUGUGUGUGUGUGCGCGUUCAUCUGUUUCUGUGGAGUUGCAGCAUUUCUAAACCAUCACCACGAGUCAGGACCAAAGAUGCAGCCCUUUAAUAUGCUCUGCACAUAGAGUAUAACGUGUAUGUGUAUGUGUGUAAGAGGGGGGUAUUAGUGCUCAGUGCCAUGUGAGUGUGUCUAGGCAAAACACAGCCAAUAAAUCUGCUCAGCAAAUAUACCGCUGUGGAAGAGUGUGUGUGUGUGUGUGUGUCGUGUACCCUGUGGGAGUUGUCAAGUCGAUUUCACGCACAGAGCCUCUGCUCACAGCCUUAUGACCAGGCCACCGUUCCCAUGGAUGCAGCUCACCUGUGACCAGAGCCACAGUACACUUCUGUUUGUCACCAUGGACACCCUUCGGUUGCUAUGGAAACCCUAGUGUGCCUGUAGAGAGCCUUCUCUCCUCCAUGAACUCCAUGGACACGUGUGUGUGUGUGUAGCUUGUAGUGGGUGUGCGUCCCUGUGAUCAGGGUGGUUAAAGGAUGCUCUGUUUAUUUGUUUGUUUGUUUUUUGUGUGUGUUUGUUUGUUUAUUGAUUUUUCUGCCACUAGUGCGUUGAUGAAAUGAGUGAUCUGUUUGCACAAUGCUUCAUACUCAUGCCUAUAUCAAUGCCCAUAUGUUUGUUUACCUUAUACAUUUGGGUAGACUUUUGUUUGUUUGUUUGUUUGUUUAACUGGCUUGAGGACCAGAGGGAUGGUGGGAAAUAUGUCUGUGUGUGUGUAAAAAUGCUGUACCUGGUAACGGAGGAAGACAAACCCAAGACCUUACUGUGGAAAGGAGUACCGUGCUGCUCUCCGGGAUGAGGAGGUGUACAAACGUGCUGCUCUCCGGGACGAGGAGGUGUACAUACGUGUAUUUGAACAUAGUAUUUACAAUAUUAUAUUGUACAGAAUUGUAUUUAUACUGCAUCUCAAAAAUACUGUUUUAAACUGGUACAAAGAGCCUGUAGAAUACAGAACGUUUAUGACCUAAA